AUGGAGACCGUCAUGGCAUUCGCUCCAAAGACUGCCGGCCAGUCUCGUGCCUCGCGCCGCAAGGUCAAGACGGGCUGUGCUACGUGCCGAACGCGCAAAGUCAAAUGCGACGAGGGCCGGCCAGCGUGCCAAAAGUGUGUGUCGACAGGGCGCACUUGUGAUGGGUAUGCCUCGCCGUUUCGCGCCUGGGCCGGCGAGCACCAGAGCGAGCCCCCAAAGGGGAUGGCGCAAACGGCGCCGCCUGCACUCGUGGUCAAGGCACCGAUCGCUCUGACGGUGUCUGACGGUCCAUCGGACGGCACCUCGGACGACAUCGCGCCGGACCUGGACACGACGGCUUCGGAUAUAACUGCCGCCGACAUUGAUGCCCUGCAGCGCUGCUUCUCCACUAAGACGCUCUUCCCCACCGUCACGCUGUCCUGCGACGACGAGGCCCGACAGAUCCUGCAGGCGAGCAAGACCGACCCCGCGGUGCGGCACGCCGUGUCGUCGCUGCGGGCCUUGCGCGCGGACUUGGAGGCGGCGGCACAGGCAUCCUCGGAGAGGGCGGGCUCCGCACAGUCCACACUGCUAGCCCAAGCCACCUCGGCGUACGCGGUGGCCCCAGGCACCACGCCCAGCCGCGACUACGGAUUGCAGCAGUACUGCUUGGCCCUGGGCGGGCUGGCCUCACAUCUGUCUUUGUCAUCCGCAAGCUUGGGCCCAACACCUAGCGUCCGCUCUGCGCUGCUCUGCUGCCAAAUCUUUAUCAGCAUCGAGCAGAUGCGCGGAGACCUUGCCGCCAUGGCACAGCACAUUGUGCAGGGCUUGCGCAUUUUGUAUGAGCACCAGCAUCCAAACGCCGCCCACGCCCGUCCCCGUGCCUGUAAAGACGACGACGCCCAAGACCUCCCGGCGCUGGAUGUCUUUGUGAUCAAACUGUUUGCGGCGCCGUGCAAAUUCGCCGACAUUACAUUUGAGACGCCCUCGAGUCCCGGCACGACACCGUCGUCGGCCAGCACGGACGGCAGCGAGAGCGGUGGCUCCGCCAGCAGCUGGCGACUGCGUCCGCUGGCCCCCGACCUGAGCGCGGAGCUGAUUCGCCUCGCCCUGGAGUCGCUCUCGUUCCUGGCCGGCGUCAGGGCGGGGGCACCCGUCUCUAGUCUUUCGUCGAAGAAAGAGUAUCUGCUGCGAUCCCUCGCGACGUGGCACGCCAGACUGCAGCGUGAGCAGCUCACCACGGCCCGCGCAGAGCUGCUGUCGAUCCUCUUCCUGCGGUUCUUCCACCAGACGGUACGCGUGGUCAUUCUCAGUGCAUCGAGGGACGUCCCGGAUGGCGCAGGCCUCGGAUAUACAGAAGGCAGUCGCUCGGAGAUACUGGAUGACGAGUACAGGCAAUUACAAAGCAUUGCCAGCAUCGUCGGCGAACGCGUGCGUGCUGAUGGGCGUCAGGGCGGUGAUUGGUAA